AACAAAACAUCUACAUUUGACAUUUACACAUCUCCAGAUAGAUUUAUAUAGAUGAGUAAAGCAGUAGAUCUUAAUGUUUUGCGUCAAAAAGCCUUAGAAUCCGCAAGAAAACAGUCCGAAGAGGAGUCAGAUAAAGAGGAUGGAGAAAUAAGUGAAGACACAACCGAGUCUAAUAACAAUGUCCCAGUUCCUCCUUUAUUAUAUCCGAAUUCUGCCCCACCACAGCCUCCAGUAGACCGGUUUACACCCACAAAUACAUUUCCUUUUCCAUUUGCACCGCCUUUUAUGCUUCCUUCAGCAUUCUUCCUUGGAUCACAACCUGCACCGCUCGCGCCUUCGAAAGAAGCUCAAGAGAAAAUGAAGCCGCGUCGGUCAUCCAAGCCAAACAACGAGACAUCCUUUACGAGUGGUCGCAAGUCUAGUCUUGUUAGAAACAAGACUCCUCGCAUAGAAAAGUCAUUGGAAUCCCGCCCGAUUCCAAACCGGAAAGACUCCAGCAGUAUAUUAUCUGAAAGACAUGAUGAAAAUAAAGUGGUAAGGGUUGAAACCGAUACUGGUUUAUCUGACGGUUUACAAACAUCCUCAAAACAAAUUGAGGCGGAAAAUGCGAUCAAUCAGUUAGUUGGUUUUGGUGUUAAAUACAAUGAUUUUGUUGCUGAAGGCAUUCAUCCUUCUGUUGUACGAAGCCUUUUCUCUAAAUUAGGCAUCGAGCUUCCUUCUAUCACCGUGCCUCCCUCUGCGGCAACUUCUGAAAAGACCGAUAAGCCCUCUGGUGUAAAGCAACCUCGAAAGUUGGACUUGUCUUCAGAUGAUUCAGCGAUUCUUCCUGGUGAUAGCGGGACACCAACGAUACUUCCUCAAAGAAAGCGUCUAAAACCAUCGCCUCGUCCUAUUGUAGACGAAUGGUUAAAUUCAUCAAAGCCAUUUGGAAUUUCAAGCCCUCAUAUCGUUAUUGAGCUUGAUUCUGAAGAUGAGCUGGCAUAUGAAAACGACAGCUCCUCAACAUCUGAAGUAUCGAUUUCGACAGACCAAACAAAUUCUUCUCGAUUAGAUUCUCUUGCUUUGUUGCGUAAAAAGGAAGAUGAAAUUCGAAAAAUGACCGAGAUGAUUAUGAAGUUGGAAUCUUCGAAGAAAGCGACAAAAACUACAAAUGUUAAGGAAACACUACCUUCGGAUAUCAGAAAAGACACUGAUCAGAAUGGUUUAUCUUCCAAGUUAACUGCCAAUACUUUAGAUAAUAGCGGAGCGAAACGUCUGACCCCUGAUCCAGAGUCAAGUUCUUUAUCAGAGGUUGGGGGCCCAGUUACCGUCUCAGAAAGUCACAACGUUGAAGAAGAAUAUGCUCCUUGGCUUAAAAGUGUAGAUGAAACUGAAAUUUCAACGAAGUUACAGUCACAGCCAGCAGAGAAUCAAUCGUUAGUGGAUCAGAAGGAUGAGCUGGCUAAAAUUAAUAAGCUUAUUGAGGAAGAAGAAAAUGACCUAAGUAAAUACCAAGCAAUUGUGAAUUCAAAGAAAGAAACUUUAACAAAGCUGUAUUUCAGAAAAAAGGAAAUGCUUUCUAAGGUUGGAGUUGAACUUUCCUCGUUGCUGCAUUCUGAGUCUACUAAAGGCGAUGUUUCUAUUGACAAAGACAAGAUGCAAAAUAACACUAAUAUUAGCGAGAAUAAAUUAAACGUGAAUGGUACUAGUAUGGAGUCUAAAGAAAGUUCUCCACUAGUCGAGACUAUUCGCGUACCACCGGUUGACUACAUUUCUCCUUUGUAUAGAUUUAAGGCUUUUCGUUUUAACAGCCAAUUUUUGGAAAAGGUUCCGGCUGGUUUUCGGUCUAUAAUGUAUAGCAAUAAGGCUGACCCAAUGAGGAUAAUGUGCAAAUAUGAAACUACAGGAGGAGUUUGCAAUGACGAGCAGUGUGAGGCAUUCCAUUUUCGGGAUUUUAUUAUGACGGAUAACGAAAUUAUUGACGAACUGGCAAAACAUAACGAGGGAACAGAUGACGAAGAAAAGGAAAGCUUUAGCAAGGCUGUCCAAGAUGUCGUCACUAAAGAGAAAGAGAAGGAAUCCGAUUUUAAUACGAUUUGCCAGGCGAUCGUUGAUACGCAUAAUCGAUGGAAAGCAGAACGACUAACGAUUCCCAUUGCCAAAGUUUCGAUUUGAGUUUCUAUUGUCUAUCAUUAAACAUUUCAAAUUGCACGAUGACUAAACACUUUCUGUAUGCUAUGCGUUUGUUAUAAGUCUACUGGACACGAGCGCUUAAAACCUCCUGCAUACUAUGAAGAUACAUAAUUAUUUUAGUGUAAUAUUACUUAAUAUCUUAGGGUAAUUUUUGGUUAGUUGAAAAGAACAUUGUUCUGAAGUCGAAAAUGACUUGUUAAGUUCAUUUUUUUUUUUCUUUUCAACAUGGUUAGACUUUAAAAAAGUCGCAUAUACGCAGAUACAGGACAUAAUGAGUUGUUUUAUAUUUAAUAAAGAUUAUAAUAAUUGGUAUUCGAA